ACCGCAGCUUCCGGGUUGUCCCCACGUGUUCACGCUGCAGUCUGCUGGUGCUGGAACGACCCGGUUAAAAGAAUAAAGAUGAGGCCGUUAACAGAGGAAGAGACGAAAACGAUGUUUGAGAAGCUAUCGAAAUACAUCGGAGAAAACAUAAAACUUCUAGUGGACCGACCAGAUGGCACCUACUGCUUCAGGCUGCACAACGACCGCGUUUACUACAUGAGUGAGAGACUUCUUAAACUGGCCACAAACUUUUCUCGUGACAAGCUCGUCUCAGUGGGAACGUGCUUUGGGAAGUUCACAAAAACCACCAAGUUCCGCCUGCACAUCACAGCUCUGGAUUUCCUGGCGCCCUAUGCAAAGUUUAAGGUAUGGGUGAAACCUGGAGCAGAGCAGUCUUUCCUGUACGGGAACCACGUGCUGAAAUCUGGUCUGGGGAGGAUCACGGAGAACACGAUGCAGUAUCAAGGAGUGGUGGUUUACUCCAUGGCUGACACGCCGUUGGGCUUUGGAGUGGCAGCCAAGUCGACCCAGGAGUGUCGGCGAGUGGACCCCAUGUCCAUUGUUGUUUUCCACCAGGCUGAUGUAGGAGAGUUCAUUAGGAAUGAGGACACAUUAACAUAAAUGCCACCAGAACUGUUUAAUAUACAUCCUGAUUUAUAGAAAUGAACUCAAAUCAACUGUUUGCAGCCGCUUGGCUGAACUUUUUAUUAUUCCAAACGUAUUGGUUGGGUCAAGGUUCCUUCUUCAAAGGAAGAUUUAUUGCAGUGUUUGUAACUGGACCGUAUUCCCCUGGAAUCUGAAACAAGCUCUAAGUGGACUCACCUUGAUAUUCUCUUUGUAUCAAAUAUUGUCAGAACAAAAAUGGCAUGUCUUUUAUAAAAGUUCUUUCAAAGAAUCCCAUGUCUUGACAU